AUGCAAGCUUCACGAGCCGAGCUGAAACAACGGGCGUUGCCUCAUCGCGCCUUCUGGGCGCGUCAUCCGAUCCCCCCCGCCUACGAGUUACUAGUAGUUACCCUACCCUCUUGGUCGCCCGACUGGUUAGGUUGGGGCCGUGCAUUGCUUGCCCAGGUUGACCAAAUCACAACAUGCUCAACGCCAGACUCGCCAGGGUCUCUUGACUUGCCCUCUCUGUGGUCUCAUGGCCCCACCUUACCCUCCCGUGGCGACAUGGGGACGGGAAGGAACGGGGCCUUUCUACAACACUUCCCAGCAAACAAGGGCGCACGCCAGUUGCAGGGCGAAGUCCGAGCCGAGGCCAUGGGUCGUUCGUACAAUGCCGCACGAGUUGCGGCGGUCGGUUUCGGCAAAGACGAUGCAUCAACUGAACUGUCCGUGGAUGGAUCAGUUUGGACUGCAUAUUGCACUCCAGCCCGCGGUAUUAAUGUCGUGACACCUUAUCGACCCCGCCUACCGCCGGUUUUGAUGACCGGUCCAGGUUUUGUGUCGUACGGGUUGAUAGAUUCGCACACGACUCGGAAGCGUAGUACCCGGUGGUUAGUGUACUCCGUAUGUACGGAGGAGAAACUCGGACAACCCCCAAAACACCGACGCGGAGCCAAGGUGGGGGUGCAAACUGACCCCCGCGCGCCCGUUUAUUGCCUUCCACACCCACUUUUUGGUGCGUGCCCAUACCUACUUGUAAGGAUCGAGUUUUGUGCCUUGAUCGCUGCAAGGCACGUCCCUCCUCCGGGUGACAGCGGAUUGAUAAGAGGUCACAACACUUCCGCAUCGGGCAACGUGCUAGGACGGCGGAUUGACCCCCAAUCAGCAUCAGCCCGGCUUUGGGCAACUUCCUCCGGCCUUAUCGAGCAUUUCCAACUGGGCCACACCGCGGCAGCAACCGUGGAGCUGCCGGUGGAACGAUUCCGUACGUACCUUACAUAUUGUAACACCCUGGCAAGGUAA